AUGGAAAAUUUGCAAUUGAACGCCAGAACACUGCUGACAGUGGCAGCGUCUCUCAUUGCACUGCGCAUCACUUUCACCGUCGUCUACCGCCUGUAUCUAUCGCCUCUAGCAAAGAUACCGGGACCAAGAUUAGCAGCUCUCACUUUCUUCUAUGAGUUCUACUACGAUGUCGUCAAACGAGGCAAAUUCCUCUGGAAGAUUCAAGAACUUCAUCGUCAGUAUGGUCCCAUUGUGAGGAUAAACCCUUACGAGGUCCAUAUCAACGAUGAUAGCUUCUACGAUGAAAUCUACGCCAGUGGUCCUCAUCAUCCUCGCAACAAAAUCCGUUUCAUGUCUACCCAUGAUGAGAGCAUGUUUGACAGUUAUGCUGCCGAAACCCAUCGAGUUCGACGGGCUGCAUUGUCUGGAUCGUUCUCAAAGCAGUCUAUCCGUGCUCUUGAGCCGCAGAUCCUACAAACCAUUCACCAACUCGCUGGCAGGAUGAGCUCACUCAGGGAGAGUGGAGAGGUUGUAAAUUUCAAAGCUCUCUACAGCGGUCUUACCAUGGAUGUCAUUGCUCAAUAUUGCUUUGGCGAGAGCAUGGAUAACAUGAAGCAAGACCAGUUCGGCAAAGAGCUAUUGGACUUCUUUCAUGAGAUGCCUCAAGCCCAUCCGAUUGGACGCAUGUUUCCAUGGCUGUUUGAUAUCAUCCAAAAGAUUCCCAUCAGCUAUCUUGCAAAGCUUGAUCCAAAGCUACAGCCACUGGCUGACUACGACAAGAAGAUCUCUGGUCAAAUCUCAAAUGUCCUGGCAAAAGAGAAGAAGGACGGGAUUAGAACUGUCUUUCAUGAGAUGAGAGAUAGCAAGCAACUGCCCGAAGCGGAUAAGACUCUGGAGAGGUUCAAGUCUGAGGCGGCUAUCUUUCUGGGUGCUGGUACUGAGACGACGGCUGCGGCGUUGACGACGCUGAGUUUUCAUCUUACGGAGAAUCCGGACAUGCUUACUACGCUGAGGAAGGAACUAGAAACAGUAACAGCAGAUGCAAGUUCACCCAUCACUGUUGCGAAACUUGAGCCUCUCCCAUACCUGACUGGAGUUAUACAAGAAGGUAUCAGGCUCUCAUUCGGUGUUCCUGGACGCCUACCUCGGUAUGCACCAACGGAAGAUCUUGUUUAUGCCGGAUACAAACUGCCUCGAGGAACUCGCAUGAGUUCAUCCUCAUAUCUCAUUGAUACAAACGAGGAACACUAUCCAGAUCCUUUCAAGUUUGACCCAGAACGCUGGAUGCAUGGUAAAACCAGUCUGAGCCGCCACUUUGUGCCUUUUUGCAGAGGAAGUCGUCAGUGCAUUGGUAUGAACCUCGCAUAUGCUGAGCUGUAUCUCACUGUUGCGACCAUCUUCUCCAGGUUUGAUCUUGAGCUGGUUGGCACGACGAAGAGGGAUGUGGAGAUUGCUCAUGAUUUCUUUGUGGGUAUGCCGCCGUUGGAUUCGAAAGGUGUCAUGGUCAUGGUUGUGAAGGAUCGCAGUGAAUAG